GAAUUAAGCCACCCAUAAGUGGUAAAAGAAACUCUAGCAGGAACAGAGAUGGAGAGCAAAAUAAAAAGUAGAGAAACAGAGGCUAAGUAUAGCUGACUGCAAGUGCCGACGACUACGAGAGUGGUUAGCGUCGACGACGGCGAGAGCGGUAAUCGCCGGCGAAUCCGAAGCGAGGGCGGCAUUCCUUUAUGCGAACGUAACCCUAGUAGAAAAAGGGUAUUCAUAAUGGCAACCACUGCCUGUUUCAUCAUUGUUAGCAGAAAUGACAUUCCUAUAUAUGAAGCUGAAGUUGGAGUAGCUGCUAAAAGAGAGGAUGCUGCUCAGCUGCAUCAAUUUAUCCUCCAUGCUGCUUUGGAUAUUGUUCAGGACCUCGCAUGGACUACUAGUGCUAUGUACUUGAAAUCGGUAGACAGGUUUAAUGAGCUUAUGGUGUCCGUGUAUGUUACAGCUGGUCAUACCAGAUUGAUGUUGCUACAUGACUCUCGUAAUGAUGAUGGCAUUAAAAGUUUCUUCCAAGAGGUGCACGAGCUUUACAUAAAGACUCUCCUCAAUCCCCUGUACUUGCCUGGCUCCCGGAUCACGUCGUCGCAUUUUGAUACCAAAGUCCGAGCUCUUGCACGAAAGUAUUUGUAGAAAUUACUAAUGUUUUUGUGGUUGCUAGUUCAUAUAGCUGCGAUUUGAUUCUUGUCUUGUUCGUUGUUGAUUAGAUUUGAAAAUCGGUCUCUCUUUAACCUUUUAUCCAUAUAUGGCAGCAAAGGGUAGGUUUACUGCUGUCUGUAGUGUACCUCAGUCAUUAGCAGGUGUUGACUGUGUUUGCUAAUGAAAGCUAUUGAUGACAAACUAUUCGAUAUUUCGAUUGCCAGUGACUUUCAUUUGUAAUAAUAUUGAUCUUGCAUUUAAUGCUCAA